UGUUAACCAAAAAUGUUUUCUGCCAGAGAUUAACUCAGGUUUUCAAGAAAAACCAUACAAACCUGCUCCAUCGCUUCUUCAAAACCUGUAAGAUAUGCAACCUAGUAUUGUGGGGAUGAUGAAUAUUCUACUUCGAAUUUCAAUUCUGAUUAUGAAUUAUUGAGAACAAAGGAAAAGUAUAAAUAAAAGUGCGAGGAAAUAGAUAUGAAGAAAAACCAAUUACAUUCUGAUCACCUAGAUUUGGAAUUAAGAGCUGAGGUAUCAAAUACAUUGGUAAAUAGAAACUAAGGUAGGGAGAGAAUGAAGUAAGGUAUAUGGCUGAAAUUCUUAAAAGCAAGAUCAAAUAAAUUUAACAACAAGAAUAACAAAUUAAGGAAAAUCAAACUGCCUUUGUUGAUAAGCUCAAAGACAAGGAAUUGGGCUUAAUUGAAUAAUAAAAAUCAAUCUAAGAAAAACAAGAUCAAUUAAAUAUAAGAGAAUAAUAACUAUCAAUUCGUGAACAAUCCCUAAAAGAAAAAGAAUCUCUCCUAUCAGAGUAAAUUCAUUACUAUACUCAAUUUAAUGAACGUCUGAAAAUCAAUUUAGAAGAACUCAAUAAAAAGGAAUGUAUUUUUAUUUUCAAUCAAAUUAGAAUUUUACAUUCAAUAAAUUAGGAAUAUGAAUUAAACCGUUGAAAGUUUAAUGGCACAUGAAAAUCAUAUCAGAGAUCUAGAAUUUAAACUAACUCAAUAAAUCUAAAAAUUAAAAGAUUUUGAUAACUAAAUUCGGUAAAAGUAAAUAGUUACAAUAGAAUAUAGGUUUUAAAUUGUAAACAAUAAGAAGAACUAAUUGAUUAAAAAGAGUAAGGAAUUUUUAAGACUUAAGAAUUGAUUAAUCGCAAAUUACUUUGGGAUUAAAAAAAUAUCACUAGGUAACAUCUACAAUAGAUUUCAAACUACAUGAGUGACUAAAAUUACUUUUGA